GAAGGUUACGGGCAGGCUGGCCGCUUAUUGCGUGCGCGGGCUCGGCGGCCGUCGACUGUUUACUUUUCGCACGAAACAGUUAGCAGUGAGAAUGCCGGCCGAUUCUACUCUCCUAGUAGAGACGAAGGAGAGAGAGCAAGAGAUGUACCAGAGCAUAGCGGAGAGAUCGAAGCACGAAGAUUUCAUCCGUCGCGCCGCUGAUCUACUGGUAGAAAGGGUGGUGUUCGCCCGCGCCAAUAGGACUUCUAAGGUGGUGGAAUGGGCAACCCCUGAUGAGAUCAAGAAGGCGAUAGAUCUCCAGCCCAGAGACAGUCCGGUCACUCAUGAGGAGUUACUGAAAAUUAUGGCUGAUGUAGCCCGUUACUCAGUCAACACCGCUCAUCCAUACUUCGUGAACCAGCUAUUCUCGGCGGUAGACCCGUAUGGCCUGGUAGCACAAUGGCUGACCGACGCGUUGAACCCUAGUGUGUACACCUUCGAAGUGGCUCCAGUCUUCACGCUGAUGGAAGAGGAAGUCCUGAGGGAGAUGAGGAAAUUCGUCGGCUGGUCGAACGGGGACGGCGAUGGGAUAUUCUGCCCUGGAGGGUCCAUAGCCAAUGGAUACGCUAUCAGUUGUGCACGGUUCUUCUUUUAUCCAGAGACUAAGAGCAAAGGAGUCUACGCCGUGCCGAAGUUGACCCUGUUCACUUCCGAACUAGCUCACUACUCCACUAAGAAACUAGCAACUUUCAUGGGCAUCGGGACUGACAACUGCAAGUUGGUGAAAGCGGACGCUUUGGGAAAAAUGGACGUGCAAGAUUUGGAAUCGAAGAUAAUCGACGCGAUCGAAGACGGUGCGACUCCGUUUCUGGUGACGGCCACAGCUGGUACGACAGUUUACGGUGCGUUUGAUCCUCUGAGGCCGAUAUCUGCGUUGUGCAAGAAGUACAACCUCUGGCUACACGUGGACGCGGCGUGGGGGGGCGGGGCCUUGAUGUCGCGACAGCACAGACAUCUUCUCAAUGGGAUCGAACUCGCGGACUCAGUGACCUGGAACCCUCACAAGCUGCUGGCGGCUCCGCAGCAGUGCUCCACCUUCCUCACCCGCCACCCCCGCGUCCUCACCUCCGCGCACUCCGCCGAGGCGCAGUACCUCUUCCAGAAGGACAAGUUCUAUGACACAGAGUACGACACCGGCGACAAACACAUCCAGUGUGGCCGCAGAGCCGACGUCCUUAAGUUCUGGUUCAUGUGGAAAGCUAAGGGCACAGACGGCUUCGAGAAACAUAUCGACCGCCUGUUUGAGAACGCGCAAUUCUUCACCAGCCAUAUUAAACAUAGGGAAGGAUUCAAACUGGUUCUGGAAAAGCCUGAAUGCACUAAUAUCAUGUUCUGGUAUGUUCCGACCAGUCUGCGAGGUUGUGAAAGUGAACCGGACUACAAAGAAAGACUGCACAAGGUUGCCCCUAAAAUAAAAGAGCGAAUGAUCAAGGAAGGAAGCAUGAUGGUCACGUAUCAACCUCAAGGGGACUUGGUCAACUUUUUCCGCAUCGUAUUCCAGAAUUCUGCUCUAGAUCACAAAGAUAUGGUGUACUUCGCGAACGAGAUUGAGCGGCUCGGCAAAGAUAUAGUCGUUUGAUUCGCACUGUGAUUUCGUAAUUCUAAGUCUGUGAUUAAUUUUAUGAUUAAUAUAUUGUAUAUAAAGUAAAUUAUCCUUGAUGAAGAGACCGGUGUGGUCGGCUGCACGACCUUGCAUAUAAUGUUGAAUUUAAUCGAAACUAUUACUUCUUUUAUGUUAGAUUCAAUAAAACUAUUUAAAUUA